AAGGGCCGCUCCCCCGCCGCCCGCCCCUCAGGAGCUGGCCGAGAAGCACCAGAAGACCCUGCAGCUGCUGCGGAAGCAGCAGACCAUCAUUCUGGAUGACGAGCUGAUCCAGUGGAAGCGGCGGCAGCAGCUGGCGGGGAACGGAGGGCCCCCCGAGGGCAGCCUGGACGUGCUACAAUCCUGGUGUGAGAAGUUGGCGGAGAUCAUCUGGCAGAACCGACAGCAGAUCCGCAGAGCUGAGCACCUCUGCCAGCAGCUGCCCAUCCCCGGCCCCGUGGAGGAGAUGCUGGCUGAGGUCAACGCCACCAUCACAGACAUCAUCUCAGCCCUGGUGACCAGCACGUUCAUCAUCGAGAAGCAGCCCCCUCAGGUCCUGAAGACCCAGACCAAGUUCGCAGCCACCGUGCGCCUGCUGGUGGGCGGGAAGCUGAACGUGCACAUGAACCCCCCCCAGGUGAAGGCCACCAUCAUCAGUGAGCAGCAGGCCAAGUCGCUGCUCAAGAACGAGAACACCC